AUGAACUCCGAGCUUGCUCUUCACAAGGAGCUUCAGAAGAGGCUCGCGGAAUACCGCAGUAGACGCGGCUUCAACCCCGCCACUUGGAUUGAGCGCAAGUGUGCCGUGCUGAACGAAUAUAUGGCCUCCAAUGGACUCAAGGUGUGUGUUACAAGUGUUUCUGGCGGGAUCGACUCUGCGGUGGUGCUGGCCCUUUGUUCAAGGGCAAUGCAAUUGCCUAACAGCCCCAUUUUGAAGAAUAUUGGACUCUGUCAGCCAAUCUGCAGCAGUGCUUGGGCGCUUGAGAGAGGACUGGAGAACAUUCGGUCUUGCCGGGCAUUGGAGGUCGUUGUGGACCAGACAGAAAUUUUCAGCCAGUUGUCAAAGACUAUCGAGACGGCUGUUGGGAUCGAGGGUACUGACUUUGCCAGGGGACAGCUGCGAAGUUACAUGCGCACUCCGGCGGCGUACUACGUGGCACAGCUCUACAGUCAAGGCGGAACUCCGGCGAUCGUCAUGGGUACAGGGAACAUGGACGAGGAUGGCCACUUGGGUUACUUUUGCAAGGCGGGCGACGGCGUUGUUGACGUGCAGACCAUCUCCGACCUGCACAAGAGUGAGGUGUUUCAGGUGGCACGGGAACUUGGCGUGCCGGCGAAAACGCUCCAGGCGCCUCCGUCGGCGGAUCUUUGGAAUGGUCAGACGGACGAGGAAGAACUCGGUUUCCCAUACGACUUUGUAGAGCUCUACACGGGCUGGUGUCUGCGGUUGAGCGACGAGGAGCGAGAGUCAUUCCUGCAUUCCCUCUCCGCCGCGGCUCGCGAGCAGUACGAAAAGUAUAGGGAUGCAUGUGAAAAUGUCCAUCGUCGCAAUGCCCACAAACUUGCCGGCGUCAUCAACUUGUAA